AUGGAUCGUUUUAUAAGUAUGUGGAAGGUGCGGGAGCUGGCGGAUAAGGUAACAAAUGUCGUAAUGAACUACACAGAAGUAGAAGGCAAGGUCCGUGAGGCGACAUCGGACGAGGCGUGGGGACCCACCGGCCAGCAGAUGCAGGAGCUCGCAUUGGCCACCUUCACCUAUGAACAUUUCCCUGAAGUCAUGUCCAUGCUGUGGAGGAGGAUGUUGCAUGAUAACCGUGCACACUGGCGGAGGACAUACAAGUGUCUUCUGCUAUUAAGUUACUUGGUGAGGAAUGGGUCCGAACGCGUGGUCACAUCUGCCAGGGAGCACAUAUACGACCUGCGCUCCUUGGAGAAUUACACAUAUGUGGAUGAGGUCGGGAAGGACCAGGGUGUGAACGUGCGACACAAAGUGCGUGAGCUCAUAGAUUUCAUACAGGACGACGAGAAGCUCAGGGAGGAGAGGAAGAAGGCCAAGAAAAACAAGGACAAAUACAUAGGAAUGUCCUCAGAAGCUGUCGUGAUGGGCAUGAGAAGCAGUUCUGGCGGGUGGGGAGAGUAUAGUGAUCGUGGUGGUGGGAACUGGGAAGAGCCAAAGGAAAGAAACGAAGAAGAGGAAUAUGAUAGGGAUGAUUCAGAUGGAGACUACUCACAGAGCCGGGAGAGGAGACCACAAAAAGAGAACGUGUACCGCGACUCAGAAGUGAUCUCGGAGUCUCCCCCCCGCAGCAGGCCCGCGCCUCGCCCCCUCAGCAUCAACCUCAAGAGCCCCGCCAAGGCCAAGCCCUCUACGCCCGUCAAGAAGAUAGACCUUGGUGCCGCAGCAUCGUACGGCAAAACAUCGUCGAGCCAGCUUUCCUCCGCCUCUGUUCCCCCUCCGAAGAACCAGACCCAGCAAUCACAAGAGCUACUAGACGACCUGUUCAAGACUUGUCCCACACCUUCAACAACCCCGUCCCACACCGGCUCACUAGUGCUUGAUGAUUUUGAUCCAAGAGCGGAAGAGCCCAAACCCCCGCGGAAGGUAUCGAACGACUUCGGGGACUUCACUAACGCCUUCUCCGACAACAACAACGAUGGUUUCGCCGACUUCACCAGCGCCUUCAGCCGCGACUCCAGCGCCGACAACACCAACAACACUUCUGUACUAGCCAACAACAACGGACUGAGUGCUGAUAACGGACUGGCCAGCAUCAUGACCAGCAGUGGGAAUAGUUUAACUGGAAUUGGAACAGGUCCGUCUUCGAACGUGGACCUACUGAGCUCGCUGGCUCCUCCGGCCGCUCCCCCCGCCGCCCCCUCUGCCCCCGCGGGCGUGCUCGCCUCGCAGCUGGCGCUGGCCUCGCUGCACACGUUCACGGACCCUUCAGCGAAGAAAAUUCCUCCGGCCCACACCAGCGUGAAAUACGCCCUGCAAGUCAUACACUACACCCGGGACAUUAAAACUGAGCGGGAUCUUAACAGGAUCAGAAGCACGCUUGAGCACGUCAUAACAUACCUGCCGGGGCCCAUCACAGUGCAGAGGAUGAACGGGACAGACGAAUAUGUGCUACAGGGUGACCUCCUAGAUCUGUAUACGGAGUUGUUGACCCUUAUCGUCAGGAUCUUGCUGCCGCAGUGGCCGGUUUGCAGGAAAGAGAUUACGACCUUGUUCACUAUUGAAGAAAGCUUCAGUCUAAGUCACGAAACACUGUCCAUUUUGUGCGGGUUUCUGAAAAAUGACAACAACAUGGUAACCCUAAAAGCGCUCUCCGAUAUACUACUGCAAUAUAUUAAAAGCGACGCUAUAUUCGCAGCUAUUAUCGACUGUAGUCGAUGUACCUCUCAGGAGGGUACGGAUAUUAAUAACAUCGAAAACGAGUGGGAGAUUUACGUUCAACUGCUGGCAACACUGCCCGAAAGGGUGGCCAACAGACUGAAGACUGACACACCCAAGGGAUUUUCCCACGAGAAUUACUCGUACUAUUUAAUUUUCCACAUAAUCAGGGUGAUCGAUUAUAUGUCGGACAGCUGUUUUUAUCAAAGCACUCGCUACAAUAUGAAGUGUUUUUCUCAUUUAGUUUCAAAAGUAGUAACAAACUAUUACAUGAGUGGUAACUCUCCUGCAGUCCUGGACUUGAUCGACACGUUCGCCGCGUGGACAGACUAUAAUGAACCGAGUCAAUAUGUCAAGCGGAGACUCAUACAAACCUUAUUGAAACAUUUGUCGAGACAAGCUAUAGAAUACUUAUCUAUAAUGUUUCUAAAACGGUGUCCCAUAAACUAUAGAAAAACCGAACAGAUCAUUUUGCAUGUGAUCGGUGACAAUUUCGAUACCAACAAUGAUUGGAAAGAAAUCCUCAGUUAUAAAAUACCACUGUGUAUCAAACCAAAUAAUAUUAAAGACACCACGGUGGCAGAGAAUCUGGUAUACUAUAUCUCAACUACGAAGAAUUCUACUGAGAAUCUAAACGAGCUGAUUGUUAGGUUGGCUACGGUUUGGGCCGAUGUUAAAAUAAGAAAUACAUCCAACUUGUCCGAGCACAUGUAUAUAUCUGAACUGUUAAUAUUAGCGGUCCAGUAUCGUGUCUCUGUGUCGCUAAAGAAUAAAAACAAAUGGAAGACAAAUGAACUGAAAAAUGUUCUGUUUCGUGGUAUGAGCAAACACUUAGAUAUACUGUCGCAGGAAUUCAGAUCUAUAGGCAUGGCCACCGUUGAAAUUAUACUCAAAAUAAUAUCGCAAAUCGACCAUUCAGAUAAAAAAGCUGAACUCAAAUUUGAUUACGACAAAAUGAAUGCGACAUGUAAAGAAAUACAUAAAACACUUAAAAUCAUCUCUUACAAAUGUCUUAUAAACUUGAACUGUAAGAUCGGCGAUGAUUAUGUACCGGUAACCAUUAAUUUGAAGAGGGCGCUGGAUCAUGUGGCCAACAAAUUCGCUGAAGAUGAGAACUCUUACGUACACAACACGAUAGUGACUUGCGCGGUCAAAGGUCCCGAACAGACAAAGGAGAUAGUCAAAGCUAUAAUUUCUGUGAAGCUGGAUGCUCUGGAUGGGAAGCAGGAAGACUUAGACUCAGACGACGACCUCGUCCCGUACGAUAUGAGCAACGAUAUUUCUGUCAAUGCUAAAAAACAGCCCAAAUAUUUGCGGGAUUUGAUAGAAAACAUCGUAGAAGCUAAAGACGCUGAGAUAUUUGAAGCCAGUCUAGAAGUUGCAGAAGAAUUAGUCAACAAACAACUCAGGAACGAAGACCCGAAACUGAUCGUGGAAUUACUGGAUCUGUUUGUGCAUCUAGAUGCGAAGUACCACGUGGAUAAUUUCGACAGCAUCAAGUUCAACACGUGCGUGGCGAUCGUCUCCAUUCAACCGAAAGUUGCCGCCGAACAUCUGUGCAAAGAAAUACACACAGACAUCGGUAGAUAUUCCAUAGCAACUAAAAUAUUCAUGCUUGAUGUUAUUUCCGAGGCUGUAAAUAGAAUUGCCGACGUACGGCAACAGAACGACGCGCCCAAACCGCAGAACGACAUCAUAUGUGAGGAACAGACUGAUGUCCCGGCCGAAGAGAUAAUAAGGCGGAGAUUGAUCAACAAAACGAGAUAUUUCCACUCGAUAAGGCGGCAUCCUUUCGCAACCGCGAAGAAGAACCAGUUUGCUGGUGUUUCAGAUUUCUUUUUUUAUCCGUUACUCGGUGGUUUCGGACACAAGCAACUCACACUGAGCCAUCACAACAUGAAACAGGACAUCGAUAGUAUAUUAAUGUUUAAAUAUUUAUCUGUGGUCGGUAAUGUCGUUUUAGCAUCGAAAAAUUGUCCGAAAUGCUCAGUGUACUGCUGGGAAGUAGUCAGAAUAAUUUUAUAUUUGAGGUACGCCCCGGACCCCCAGAUACAGACAUGUGUUAUGUCUUUGCUAGCUUCGGUAGUGAUCGCGUUACCGGCGAGUAUAUUAAAGACGGAGUUUUUCGAUGUGAUGAUGGAGAUGCGAUCUUGGCUCGAGGAUUGCUUGUCCAACAUAGACUUGACAAUGAAACUUGGCGGUGCCAAGUCCGAGGCUGCGAUAUUCGCCGGCCAAGUGUUCGGUUUAAUUGAGAAAACAUUAACAGACUCUGAUUAG